AUGAAGAGUACUCUAGAAAAAAAAUUAACAGAAAUAGAAAUAGUUGCAACAACGGCAGAUUUAUGGAGCAAGGCUAAAAAAUAUUUUAAGAAAAGUGAAGAUGAUAAGGACUUUAAGGAAGUGUUUCAUAGUUUAAGUGAUCUUUUAAAUGUGGACGAUGUAGAAAAUGUAGAUGCAGAAAAUUUAUUGACACUUCCACCACAUCAUAGAUGUGUCAGCUACACUUUGAACCUUGUCGCAGUGAAAGAUUCUGAGAAAGCUUUAGACAGCGAUGCUGUAUACAAGAAAAAACAUAGAGUGACAUUUGCCAAAUUAGUAAAAUUGUGGAAUAAACAAAACCAAUCUACACAAACAGCAGAUAAAAUAAACGAAAUUUGUAGUGUAUACUUAAAAACUCCAGUUAUUACCAGGUGGAACUCUACCUUCGAUUGCUUAACGCAACUAAUAAAGUUAUUAAAAAAUAAUUCUGAAAAAGUCAAUCAAUGUUUUGAUCAUUGCGAUUUGCAAAGAUUAACAGAAGAUGAAAUUAAAUUCAUAGAAGAGUACUGUCAUAUUAUGGAUCCUUUGGCACGGGCCAUAGACAUAUUACAGAAAGAAUCGGGAAUGUAUAUGGGAUACUUAUUGCCCGUCUUGCAAACAUUACAAGAAAGAUUAGAAAAAUUUGAUAAAAGCGGAUUUAUACAUUGUCAAUCACUAAUCACAGCUAUUCAAGAAGGUUUAAAUAAAAGAUUUUCCACAUUAUUCGAAAAAAAAGAAUUGAUCGUCGCAAGUUGCCUACACCCAAAAUUUAAAUUAAACUGGUUACAUGGAGAGAGAAAAAAAAUGGCUAAAGGUUAUUUAGAAGACUUGUUAGGAGUUAAUAGUUCUGAUGACAGUUCCCCAAAUAUUACUGAAGAUAAUGACGACUUUUUCGAUUUCAAUAAACAAGUUAAGGAAGUUGAAUCCUUACAAGAGGAAUUGUACCGUUUCCUAAAAUCAAACGCUUUGCAUGUAAAUAUGUUGAACGAUUAUCCCAGAAUAAAAAAAUUUUUUAUUAAAUAUAACACGGCACUGCAUCAGUAGUGCAUCGGUUGGACGAAUGUUCAGCGUUAGUGGUUCUGUAGUAACACCACAGAGAGGAAAACUUAAUGAUAACACAAUGGAAUACCAAACUCUUUUAAAAAUAAACAAAAAUUUUUAUUAAAGAUUCAGAAUUGUUUUCCUGCGUACUGUAUUUUUCCUAUUUUUUAAUAAAAUUGUGUAAUGGGUAAAAAUAAACUAAUCUUUCUUUUUUUUUUGAUAUAGGAAGUAACUAAGAAUUCCUUUGAGUCUAAAUUCUAUACUUAGUCUUAAAGUUA